ACCCUCGGUGGAUCAGGUCGUGACCAGGACUGCCACAACACCUGCUUCACCCUCCCAAGUCCCCCUUCAGGUGCCCCGUCGGAGACCAGCUGCUCCGGUAGCAGGGCGAUCCACAGGUGGCUGACACCGGCGUCAGCAGCAACGACGUAGCGGAGGCAUCCCGCUCGCACGCACGCACGCACGCGAUUGUGCCUCGCGACCAUGGACGCGGUGAGCAAGGACAGCGGCUUCGCGGCGCUCGACCACGAUGACAACGAGGACGUGGUGGUCAAGAGCGCCAUCAACGGCGAGGCCCUGCCGCCGAUGAAGGCCGACGCGCCGCCAGCGGCAGCCGCCAAGCCCGUAAAUGGCGCCGCAGGCGUGUCGGCGCCGUCCCCCAAGCCGGAGCAGAAUGGCAAGCAGGUAGACGGCCCGGCGGGCAAGCAGGGCGCGAGUGAGCCAGCCAAAGCAGGUGAGGUCACGGGCCCCGCGCCAGCAGGCGGAGGAGCAGGCGCCGCCAACGGGGCGCACGAGGGCCAGGCACAGGACGCCAAGCAGGAGACGAAGCCGGACGAGAAGGACAAGCCGCAGGAGAAGAAGCCCGAGGCAGGGAAGCCCGGCGAGGAGAAGGAAGCCAAGCCAGAGUCCAAGCCAGGCGAGAAGCCGGAGUCAGCGAAGAAGGAAGAGACCAAGGAAGUAAAGGCGGAAGCGAAACCAGAAGAAACGAAAAAGGAACAGGUAAGCAAACCAGAAGAAGUAAAGAAACCGGAAGAAGCCAAGAAACCAGAAGAAACUAAGAAACCAGAGGAAGAAGAGGCCCAAGAAACCAGAAGAAAUAUCAAGAAAGAAGAAACCAAGAAAGCCAGAGGAAGCCAGAAGCCAGAAGAAAAGAAAGAAGAAGAAGCCAAGAAGGAGGAGAAGGCCAAGCCAGAAUCCGCCAAGGCCGAGACUCCGAAGUAG